AACCAAACGGCUCCUCGUCAACGACACGAAACGUCAACAACUUCACGAGGUAUCGUUGCGGCAGCAUCACUCCGCGUUAGCUGUCGGGACGAAGCUUUAGUUACACCUGUCGAGGGUCUUCCUGGGAACCAUAAACUCUCAAUCUCGUGUUUCCCGAGGUUCGUUUUUAAGUCGAGACCCCUCGACGGAGCGGACAUGGCCAACAGCAGCAACACCGGCGUCGACAUGGACCCGGAUGUGGCUCGGAGGCUGUUCGAGGAGGGGGCCACCCUGGUGCUGCUGGGCGUCCCCCUGGGCACCGAGGUGGGGAUCGACUGCAAGAGCUGGCAGGUCGGUCCCCGCUUCAAGGGCGUGAAGAUGAUCCCCCCCGGCCUGCACUUCCUCCACUACUGCUCCGUCAACUCCCCCAGCUGUGGAGGAGAGGUGGGCCCGAAGACGGGCCUCUUCCUCACGCUCCGCCCCCGGGACGUCCUGCUGGCCACCUGGGACCCCGAAGAGGAGGACCUGGACUUCUCCGCCUCCGGGAACGAGGAGGAGGUGAGCCGCGUCAGGGCCACCCUACGCGACCUGGACCCCUUCCUGGGGCCCUACCCGUACGAGGUGAUGAGGAAGUGGGUGUCCCUCACCGACCGGCUGAGCGAGGAGGUGGCGAACCGCCUGCAGCCGCUCUCGGGGCGCGUCUGCGCCUUCAGCGACGUCAUCCCCGAGCGGCAGCUCACGCACACCAAGGACCGGGCGGAGCAGCCGAGGAACGACGCGGCGUGCCGCAGCAUGAAGGAGGGGCUGGACCGCCUCCCCAGGAUGAAGCCGAGGGAGGGCACGGAGAUGCGCUUCUCCGUCGUCCCCGAGAAGAAGUACCCUCCCGGGGCGACGCCGGCCGAGAUCACCCAGUGCAGCCUGGACCAGAGCUACGCCCUGGAGGCGGUGCUGCAGGAGCACCACCAGCUGCAGCCCCUCGACCUGCUGGGCGAGCUGCAGUUCGCCUUCGUGUGCUUCCUCAUCGGGAACGUCUACGAGUGCUUCGAGCACUGGAAGAGCCUCCUGGCGCUGCUCUGCCGGUCGGAGGCGGCCAUGCGGACGCGCACGCCGCUCUACCUGGGGCUCGUGGCCGUGCUCUACCACCAGCUCGGGGAGAUCCCGCCCGACUUCUUCGUGGACAUCGUGUCCCAGAGCAACUUCCUCACGUCCACGCUGCAGGACUUCUUCCAGUUCGCCGGCGGCCCCGGGGUGGACGCCACUCUGCGCAAGAGAGCCGAGAAGUUCAAAGCUCACCUGACCAAGAAGUUCCGCUGGGACUUCGACGCCGACUUGGACGACUGCGACCCCGUGGUGGUGGAGCUGCCCGAGGGCGUGGCGGCGGACUGAGGCCGCGGGUUCGAUGCCCGGAAGCGUCGACUGGACUGAAAAUAAUCGGGGACACCGAGGGUGAGCGGUGGAGGGCAGAAGACACCUUCUCUUAUAUGUGUACGCACCAUGUUCUGUGGCGGUGGCGCCCUCUGGUGGUGGGUUCCUCUAAGUCGCCAUGACGCUGUUUAUUGACAAAAUCCGCCCCUCCCAAAAAAAAAUCAAUGAACUACAAACGGUGUCACACACAGAGCCGUUAUCUUCCUCAUCGAUGAUGAUGAUGAUGACACACAUAGUAACCGCAUCGGUGGAGACACUUUGCUUUUUUUAUACAAGUGAUUCUAGAUAUGCAGGAUUGAGCGAAAAGGAAAUUAAAGUAUAGUAUUGUGUGACUGUAACUGGUCCACCUCGUGUUGUUAUUAAAAAAUAAAUCAUGCUUUUUGUUUGUUGAACGUU